AUGUCAAGGCCCCCAGCGACCAUGCGGCCCCCGCCAACAGUGCCCUCUGGCCUGCCAGUCUCAUCAGGCGCAGCCGCAGUCGUAAAGGCAGGCGCAUACACAACCACCCCAACCCAGCCGUCAUACUCAACCCUCAUGCCCCCUCCCCCCGUCCCCGCUGCCCCGUCCAUGAGCUCGAGCACCUCGUCCCGUGUCAGCGUCUCGAGUUCCGAGAGGUCCGUCGACGGCACCACCCUUGUGGGCGACUCGCGCCGUGCUACUCCAUCCAACGAGCGGGUCAAGACACCGCUCCAGGAGAAUGCGACGCACAACAUUGGCGGUGACGAGGUUGACGCCCGCUUCGAGGACCUUUUGAACACACUCGAGGUCCCGUCCAGUGUUCGCAUCAAGUUUGGCUCUGUGGCGCGGGACGUCAAGAAGAGCAUUCUCGAGUCGUCCACCAACUCCAACGCCGCCGUGUUGUCCUCGUUGGGGCUGCCCGUGCCUCCCACGCCUGAGAAGCGUAAACUCAAGAACCGCCUCUCAACCCCACUCCUCCGUAAACCCAAGAGCAGCGUCUCACUCGAUGGCGACGACGACGCCACCACCACUGGUCGCAAGUGCAGGGUGGGAGACGACGAGUUUGUCAUCGUCGCAUCCCCGCGCAAACAAAAGCACACCCCUGCCCACUCGCGCGGCCAGUCGAUGGACGUCGGCCGUCCGUCGUCAGUCCCAAACAACAACCGCUCCCGUCCGACCAGUGUCCACACUGGUGGCACCAGUGGUCGCAACUCAGCCGUUCCCCCCUCGCCGCGCUCAGCCGGCGGACCCACUGCCGGGCCGACCGAGACUCCGGACAACUUUGUGCGCUGGCUGUCCAACCACAAGGCCACCGACCUGAGCAUGGAUGUCAACCGUGCCAAGAAGCUCCGCAUGCUCCUCCGCCACGAGACGACGACCUGGGUCGCCGCCUUUCUCUCUGCCGGAGGCUACACCAAAGUUCUCGACCGCCUGCAAGACCUGCUCGACACGGAAUGGCGCGAGGAGCAGCACGGCGACAAGAUGCUGUACGAGCUCCUCCGGUGCAUCAAGGCACUGACCACCUCGGACGUCGGCAAGGCCGCCCUGCGUGCAGCCCACCCACGCCCGUUCCCCGCGCUCUCCGACCUGCUCUUCUCCGAGAAGAAGCCCGGCGACCUGGCAUGUCGCCAGAUCAUCGUCGAGGUGUGGCUGUUCCAUUUCGAGCUGUUCCCGCUUGCCCAGACCUCACCGCGCCCUGACCAGACCGUCCGGUUCAACGAUAACCGCAUGGCGACCAAGCUCGACGUGGCCAUGUUUGUGCGCUCCCUCCUGCUUCCAGAGGACAAGGAGGACAAGACAAAGGACUAUCACGACUUUGUCACGGUCGCCCACCGCCCACGCAUCUUCAAGGCAUGGGUGCAGGAGCUGAGCGACAUUUGCCGCGACUACUUUUGGAUCAUGUGCCACGCCAACAAUACGUUGUGGGAGCUGGACGAGGUGAACGAGAAGAUUGUCGAGAGGCCAGUGGCCCCAGGGGGGGCUACAGGUGGCGUCGAGUUUGAGGCAAUGGGUUAUGUUACGAUCCACUUCCGCCUGCUGAACGCUCUCUCCAUCCAACUGUCAGAAGAGAACCCAGCCGAGGCGCAGAAGCUGCACCACGACCUCAUGAUGUCGGGCUUUGACCGUAUCCUCGUGACCCUGCGCAAAGCGUCGACAACCUACUAUCCAACCCUCCACCUCGAGCUGGCGCGCUACGUGCACACACUGCGCGCCAACAGCCCCAACCACAAGUUGCCCUACCUCAUUGGCAAGCUCGUUGGGUCUCCGCCAGAGGAACUCCGGCGGCACAGGAGCGCCGCCGAAUAA